UCUUACGUCAUACAUAAUUAUAAGUGAAAACGAAAGUCAUAAUGUCGGAAGAUACCAAGAAAAUAUUACAGAAAUUUUAUGUAACCCUUCGUAACAAUGUUAAUGCUACUGCAAUUUAUCGCGAGGUUUGGGGUCUCACACAAUUCGACAGAGAGUUAAUUACCGCACAAAGGACCAACACCGAAGCUGUUGAUAAGUUGGUGGAUAUCGUUGGAAGCAGAAGCACUCGAAGUUUUGUCAGUUUUGUUGAUGCACUUAAGAAGCAUGACCAUACUGAGAUUGCCGAUGCCAUCUUAGUAGAAGCGAAACAGAACUAUCCACAGAUUCACCGUGUUCUCGUCACGCCUACAGCGACAGUGCCACCUUCCAGUAAUACGCAAUCUAACCCGACAACGAAAUGUGUAGAUAACCAAGCCUAUAAUAACUCACAGACUACGCCAAAUUCUAGGAAUGAUCAGAACAACAUACGACAUGCAGAAAAUGAGGCCACAGGUAGCCAAGACACAGAAGAAAGUGAUUCUGAGAACGAAUCUAGUGUUUUAACACUUGAUACAAAACUGAGCCAGAUAGCUUAUGAAGAUGUCAUGCUAUGGGUGGAAGAAUUGAGUGAAAACAAACAGUGGAAAAAGUUGGCCACGAAGAUGAAGCUUAACUACCAGACUGUAAAAGCUUUAGAGAAAGAGGAAGAUCCAGUAGACACAUUUUUUCAUCAACAUUGUUCAAAUCUUACCAUUAAAAGAUUUUUAAACUACUUGACAAAGGCUAGUCUGACCAGUGUUCUAGCUCUGGUACGAAAGCGUACGGAUGAAAGUGAUGACAGUUCUGGCUUCCAGCAAACAACUUUGCAAGAGGAAGUAAAUAACGCACCUUUUCCAGCAGAACUUCCUAAUGACACACAUACGAUUGUACAACAUAUGAACUUUCUAAAUCCAGACGAUAGUAUAACAGACAACACGCAGAUCGCUUGUAACAACAACAAGACUUCUAGUCCCCCUAUUUCAAAGAGAACAAACAUUGGAAGUAUGUCAAAUAAUGAUACAUCUUUCAACAUCGCAAAUGUUGAUAAGUUAACGAUGAUUUAUACAAUACAAGGACAAACUGAAAGUUCAUUGCUAGAUAAGGAUGUAUCUAUGAAGUCUUCUGAGAUUGAAAAGAACAUAUUAGUUAACGACAAUGAUGUAAAUAAUCGCGGUCAGUCUGAACAACGAUUUGGGAAUGAAUUUUCAGAUACUGUUGUCCCCGACAAUAUUCAGUCUAGUGGCCAAUUGUCACCAUUGCAAGAGUCAAACAUCAGAGAAAACACCAUCCUAGCGGAACCAGAGAAUAUAAAAGAAAAAUAUAAUGAUCAAUGGUGUGCAAAUUUGCUGGAUGAAGGGAGAAUGCAUGAGAAAUCGGAUAUUCUAAGUUCCUCUUUACCAUUGUCGUAAUACUUGUUUAAUACAUGCACAAUUUAUUUCUACUCGAAAUAGCUGCAUAGAAUGUUUUAUUCAGUUACAUUGACAAUUAAUUCUAAAAUAAUCUGAGUCGGCAAUGAAGAUUUUUUUUUUAAUUAAGUCGAGGUUAUUUGGAAGUGUAUUUUAAACAGAUUGAAUUACGUUAAUUUUCAGUACUUUUAAAACAUGGAAUUUGAUAAAAAAAUAUUGCUCAAAAAACAAACAUUGUUAUGUUUGAUAAACGUAAAUUAUUGAUUAAAAGAAAGGCGGAAGAUACCAAAUGGAUAUUCAAACUCAUAAUUCGAUUACAAACUGACAAUACCAUGGCAAAAAACGAUAAAUGACCAAAUGACAUACAACAGUAUAAAAACCACAACAUAGAGAACUAAAGACUUAAAACAACAUGAACCACACAAAAAACCGGGAUUGAUUAACAAUCAUUUACACUGAAUUAAGAGAUAUAACGUGUUUUUAAAUGAGUUUUCAUAUUUAGGAAUUAUCUUUACCUAUACUGGAUCUUUCUGUGAAAAUAAUUCAAGCUGUUAUUAUAAGAUGCAACUAUGUGUGAGAAAAUAAAGAUGUCUCUUAAAAAUUG